AUGAAGUAUGAACAGUAUCUGUGCCUGGGAAUGUGCCUUCACAAGGAUGUUGCAGAGGAGCAUAAAAAGGCAAAAGUCCAAAGCUCUAAAAUGGAACGGGACCUUCACAAACAUGCCAGCAUGGAGAAUAAUGUGGUCAAAAUCCUUACGCUCGGUGCUCCAGAGACCGGAAAGAGUACAAUUGUCAAACAGAUAAAGAUAAUCCAUAAUCAUGGAUUCUCCAAACAAGAGCUUAUAAGUUUCAAGCCUGCAGUACUGGACAAUCUUCUGACCUCUAUGAAGACUGUUCUGCAAGGCAUGGGGACACUGAGGAUAAACCUUGCUAACAAGCAGAAUAAGUCCAAGUCAUGUUCCUUCUCCUUUGUUCUUUUCCCUUCCUCCAGUUUCUUUGAGAACAUGAGUCGAAUCAUCGCACCAAACUACAUUCCCACAGAUGCAGAUGUUCUGAGAGUCAGAGUGAGGACCUGUGGAAUCAUUGAGACACAGUUUCAAGUUGAUAAAACUAUGUUUCGGCUGUAUGAUGUCAGAGGCCAGCAAAGUGAGAGGAGGAAGUGGCUAAGCUGCUUUGAAGGUAUUCAAGCUGUGGUGUUUGUUGUGGCCCUCAACAGCUAUGAUAUGACACUACUGGAGGAUCCUUCUGUGAAUCGGCUGCAAGAAAGUCUUGAACUUUUUUCAUCAAUCUGCAUCCACACGGUUUUCCAGCAAACCACCAUGAUUCUGUUCAUGAACAAAACGGACCUUUUCCGGGAAAAGAUCCUAAAAUCUGGAAGACACUUGAGGCUUUACCAUUCUAGCUAUAAAGGUGCUGAUGGUGAUGUGGAUGCUGCAGCCCACAAUAUCACUGCAAUGUUCUCAGCAUGUAACAGCAACCCUGACAGGCCUGUGUACCACCACUUCACCACUGCCAUAGACGCCACAAGCGUACGGGUGGCAUUUCAUGUGGUCGUUGAUCAGAUUAUGAGGGGGAACCUAGAAGCUGUUCAGCUUGUUUAA